AUGGAUUACUAUUCGUUGCUUGAAGUGCCUCAUGAUGCCUGUGAGGAGGAAAUCAGAAGAGCCUAUCGUCGACUAGCCCUCCUCUACCACCCAGACAAAAAUGGAACAGCCGAAGCUGAGACGAAGUUCAAGAAGAUUUCCAAAGCCUAUGAGUUGGCAACAAUACUUUUUAAGGUGCUUGGAAAUUCGGAAAGACGUCGUCUCUACGAUAUAUUUAGAAACGGAUAUUUGAAUGGAUCGCCACCAUAUCGAACGUCUGGAAGCUCUCUAGACGCCAGAUUUGAUGCCUACCAGGCAUUUCAAAUGCUUUUUGAAGAGAGCAAGACCUUUAAACAAUGUAUGGAAGCUACCAAAAACGCUGUACAUAGGAGAUCUUCACUACGUUACAUUCACGCCCACUUUCAUUACUCUCCACUGUUGACAUUUGACGAUGAGUACAAAUGGCUAGGCCUUGUGAUUGUAUCCAAUUGCCAUAACACUCAUUCUAUCUUUUUAAACAAAACACCGAUCAGUCAAGUCACUGUACACUUUCCUCAGCCUACAGUUAAUUAUUCAACUCAAACAUUUCGUCGAAUAAACAGCAACAUCGAGCAUCCAGUGAAGGUGGGGCUUGAUGAGCUUCUCGGGGAUACUCAGCGUCGAAUGCGGAUUCGUCGCCAUCGUUUUGACAGUUUGUCAGGACGCUUCGUUCGGGAGAAUCGGAUUCUAACCUUCAACAUACCGCCAGGAGCACAGAAUGGCACACGCAUCCGAUUUGAAAGGCAGGGAAACGAAGCAGUACCAAAUGAACCCCCAGGGGACGUCGUCUUUAUCCUCUUAGAGGAGUCGCACGACUUAUUCCUCCGCGAAGAUUGCAAUCUUCGAACUGGAUGCAAAAUCGACCUAAAGCUGGCACUCUUUGGGGGUAGUCUUGUGGUGAGCAUACAUAUAAAAGGAUUAAGAGAUGAGUCAUUCUCGAUCAGAAUGGGACCCAUGUCAUCAUCUCUAUCCCCUUUAAUUAUUCCCGGUGGUGGACUGCCGGAUAUUCGAUAUACAGAUGUGGAUGGAAGUGCAGGAGCUGAGUCCAUCGACUCACGGAAAUUAAAACGCGGUAAUCUCAUCGUGCAUUUUGAAAUAGAAUUACCCUCCCUCUCACCCAACAAGCCGAGGACCGAGGCCAUUAGAUCAGCACUGCCUGGCCACGGUCAGAUGAAAUUUCAAUCCUGCAUAAUGACUCUGCGUUCUGCAACUAGCACCUCGGUGCGUGUCUGGCGUCGAUUCUUUCCCCUUGUCUCCGUUGGGUCGUUGGUCGAGUUAUUUGAGGAGAUGCUUCAGACUAGUCACCUUUCCGACUCGGCAUCCACCUGCAGCUCUGCUGCUACUACACCCGCUGUCUGUCCUGAGCCGAAUUUGGCAUUCCUUUCUAUUAUUCUUGGAUAUAUUGAAAGCCACAUUGCCACCACCGGCGAGCCAACGACACCCGUAUCCGUACCCACACGCAAACGCUCACUCGCCGGGGUUCAGUCGAAUUGUGGGGCUAAGCGAUUGACAGUUCGUACCUCUCUUUCUACGACUGCUCCUUCAAUCACCGCUUCACCCCAUGAAGUGAAUUCGCCUGAAGUGCCUCCUUCUCCGUCUGGUGAAGAUAUACCGGUGGCCUCGACCCCUUCUCUAGCACCUAGUGAUUCGACACCUUCUCCGAUGAGUGCAGCGGCUUCGUCUAUGUGUGUGGCCGUUGAAAUGGCGCGGUCAGAAUUCCCUGUUCUUCGUUAUGAAGAGGCGGAGCAGUUGUAUCAAAGAUUUUAUGCCAUGAUUGUUCAUGAUCCCAAGUUGUCAUCGAUGGCAAGAGAUCUGCCCAAUCAAAUGACCUCCAGAAAAUUGGGGCCGUCGUCAACUCGACGAUUGGUGAGGGCAGUUUGCGAUGUCCUCUGCGCUCACAUGGCUUCUCCGGCUAGGCAGCGAGAACACUUCGCUCAUGCACAGUCAAUUUAUUCUCUUCUUGAGUAUGGCCAGCUGGACAGUUUCGGUUUGGCUUAUGCCACGGUGGCAGCAUGCCAGCUCCUGGGUUACACAGACGUUCACUUGGCUCUAUCCGAGGACCACGCUUGGGUUGAGUUCGGCCCGCCAGAGCGGCGUGAAACAGCUGACGUCUCAGUGAUACCCGCACUGGAGCCUGGUGAGGUGUUUUCUCCUGUAAAGAACACUACAACCGUUUCGGCCUCCACCCUCUACCCACCUCCCGUCCGACUCGGACACCUACUCCACUCCUGGCUCUACCUCAACGGCUGUCCGGUUGUCUGCAACCCCCUCGUUCUCUCAGUUGCCGCUGCUGUGACCGCUAUUCAACCCUGUGGUCUGUCAAAUUCCAUUCGUCCAAUGGAUCAGAUCACCACAGCGUCAGUACCACCCUUUGCUUCCAAACGUCCGCGUCGAAAACUCUCCUCUGGCACUCUUUCUACCUCCAGUGACGGCCACUCUGUCCGUGGUAUUGAAACUAUUUCGCCUGAACUAGUGCGUUUGAAGCAGACUCUUUUAUGGAUGGUCUAUCGAGCAGGCAUGCUCAAUCAAUAUCCUCUAGGAUUAACUAAUUUAGCGGAUAUUGAAGAAGGCUAUCCUUCAACAGGAAUUCGACUUGAAGAGGUUCUAUGUGAUCUUCAGAUGCACUCUGGUGUGCCCGCCACCGACUAUGUCUUGCCGGAGAUUGUAGAAGUUCAUGGUAAUUGCGGGGCUGUUGGAUUUCCGCCAUCACCGCUAAGGCAGCCUGACAUCCCGUUAGAAUUACUUCGACGAGCUGUGGAAAUUGAUAGGGUUUUCUUCCGCAACCAACACGUCUACCCCUACAUUUAUCUGGCAAAUUACCUCCGACGCAGAGAUGAUAUACACGGCGCGUUGCGCUGUUGGGCUGAAGCCGCUCGUGUUAUUGGACAGUACAACCACAGUUCAGAGGACGCAGAAAUAUAUCGAGAAUUCUUAGACAUUGCGACACGAGUAAUUCCAGAAAUAUUUCGACUAUGUGCUGUAGAACUUCGAGCUGGAAUGUCCACGAGACCAAACCUGCUAGACAGUCCCAUCUGCCUGGGCUACCUUCUAGCCUUUUAUGACCACCUUUGUCUAUGGGAGGAAGGAUCGGCAGUACCCGUUCUUCAUGUUGGAUGGGUGGAUAAAUUGGUUGCGUCGCUAGCACGAUUCUCCGUUCAGGCAAGAACUCAGCUCCAUUUGGAAGCAACCCGAGCCACCGGAGAUGAAGAACACUCGAGAAUGUCGACUAUCACCAAGAAGAAAAAGCAUCUUUAUCCUCAUACUCGUCAGUCCAGCUCUGGAAGUUGUUCCAUGGUCACACAUUCGCACACGAAUCAAGAUCGUGAACCUUCCCCUUUGCCCAUCUCCAUGCUAGAGGCGGAAACUGAAGUGUUAUCGGUGCCUAUGGAAAAUUCGGAGGCACAGACAGUGGACUCAGUGAAUGAAAUUGCAAACGCUGAGCCGUUGAGAGUAAUCCUUCCGCCGCCAGCUGCAUCCAUGUCCUUCCAGAGUUGUUCAACUACUGGAUCAUCCGUGCUUUCUGUAUUCAUCAACACACCUUUACCAUCGGGUGGGGAGAACUCUACCAUUCCAGAAUUGGCAACAAGAACACCUCAACGGGAGGUGACCAAGUCACUCCCAAAGUCAGACCUUCUUUCGCCAGGAAUUAUCGAUGGUCUGGAAGGGGGCGAGGAGGAUCUUUUUGACGUUUGCAGCUUGGUCGUUGAUUGUUGUACAGGUCCAAAAGAGAAAUUGAUUUCAAUGCUGGCGAAGGCUUCACAAUUUCGUCUUCUAAACCCCGCUUUUUUGAUGGGCGAUCUUACUGCACCACCUUUUGCGGACCCAGAGGAAUUGGCCGACUUCCUCAUGGAACAGGAGCCUUCCAAAAUUAGGACCGAUGAUCGACAAGGGUCCGAGUUCCUUCCUAAACCUCAGUCCUUGGCAAUGGCAACGGUAGCAGAAGUUACGGGCGCUCACCAGACUCAGGAAAAGCAACCACAAGAUGACCAAGAAGUGAAGCGGAAGGAACAGAAGCUAGAUCCACCACCUCCCCAAGAUUCGGUCGCAGCGGCUGCAAAGGAGGAAUUGGAGGUAGAAGAGGAAGAGGAUGUCGGUGUGGGCGUCGUAAUCCCAUCUCAACAUCGGGCCUCAUCACCUGAAUCCUCUGCCUGUCCCUCUCUCCCAUCUAUCCCCUCUACACCUCCCGUUUUCCCUCCUCCUGUCACGCCUGAACUUAUGACUGCACCUGAUAAUGAAGGCGCCACCACGACCAUGGCUGGUAUGGAAACAGUAGGAAGUGAUAUCCCUGGUGCUCCAAAACCUUCGAAUGUUGCAGAUACUAAGGUGGAAGAAGUGAAAAUAUCCACAGUACCGGCGAUAGAGGUAGAAGCAAUAACUCAGGCCCCAUUUACCACACCAACCACUACCGUCAUUCAAUUGGAAAAGGAAAAGGCACCAAAUAGACCAAUGCAGGAGUCCAAACCACCUGGCGUGUAUUUGCGUCUCUACUCCACUAAGAUGUGUCGGAUUGCACGUUUAUUAAACGCCCCCGGCUGUCUGAAAUCCUCUGCCAUCAAGUUGACCCUCACUGCACAGAGUGAGGUCGAUUUUGGGCGCCGUCGGAGAGUCUCCACGAAGGCACCUUCUCGUUGGAAAGCAGCUUCCUUAGCUGCCUCCUCAGAAAGAGUUGAAAAUUCCGCUUCGACCUUCGAAUAG